AUGGAGCCUGUGAAUCGCUUCCCCUCCUUAAUAGCAGAACAAUACGAGAGUUUGAAUAUAGAAGACGAAGAAGAAACGGGAAUUCUGUAUGAAGGUGGAGAUGAGGAACUGUCAGAUAUUGAUGAUAGAUGGGUACUAGUUGGUCGCUUUCUUACGAAAAGAUCCAUCGAUUUUCAAGCAAUGCAAAACAAGAUGGCGGUCUUAUGGCAACCGGGUCGAGGUAUGUAUGUCAAGGAAUUGGAACAUAAUCUCUAUUUGUUUCAAUUUUAUCAUGAAGUGGAUAUCGAGAGAGUAAUGGAGGGAAGCCCGUGGACCUUUGAUCGUGUCCCAUUGAUAUUUGAACGCCUUAAGCAAGGUGAAAACCCACGGACAGUCAUGCUCAAUAAACUGGAAUUCUGGAUUCAAAUUCACAAUUUGACUACGGGAUUCAUGUCCGAUCGAGUGAUUCGCGACUUAGGCAAUUAUUUGGGUAGCUUUGUUAAAUCAGACCCGAACAACUUUAUUGGUGUUUGGAGAGAUUUUUUCAGAGUUAGAGUGAAGAUUAACAUUGACAAACCUCUCAAAAGGAAGAAGAAGCUUGAAAGAAUAGGUGGGAUUGUUUGCUAUGCUCAAUUCAAAUAUGAAGACCUAUCUACCUUUUGUUUCAUUUGUGGUAUUCUAGGCCACUCUGAAAGAUUUUGUGAAAAACUAUUUGACACCCCCCUGGAUGAAAUAGAAAAACCUUAUAAUUUGGAAUUGAAAGCGGCACCAAGAAGGAAAAACCAUACGAUCGGAGCAAGAUGGUUACGGCCUGGGUCAGUUAAUAACAGCGGUGGUUUCUCUGCAACUGGAGGAACGUCGACGACUUCUGAGUUCUCGGCUGGCCGUGGUGUUGGUCGGGCUGGCAAGGCUUCGAUUGGGGGAUCAGGAUCGAAGAAUCAGGGAUCCUCAUUCACUAAGCCGAUUAUUGUGGAGGGAGAGGAGGCGGUUUACAAGGAAGUCCAUGCUGAUUUAGUGGGAGGGUCAAUCGAUCAGCAUCCUAAAGAUAUAAGGGGAAAGUCGCAUAGUCAACAUACAGAUGAAGUCAUUAUGGAAUAUAAUGGAGAGGAUUCUUUAGUGAUUUUGGAAAAUAAAAGAAGAAGAAAAGGCCAAGUAUCUCUACAAGGAAACUUGGACAAUGUUGGGUUGGGCCUUUCUAAUCUUGGCCCAGCAGAUAAUUCAAAAUUACUUGGGGAUGGUGGUAUUAUGGACUUUGAGGAGGAAAGUCAUGACAACACAAAAAACUUGUCUGGGGCGGGAGUUUUUGUUGUUGAAGCCCAAGGUAGUGCUGGAGGGCUUGCUUUUCUUUGGAAAAAUCAAGAUUAUGGUAGUAUUGUUGGGUUUUCCAAAAACCACAUUGACUUUGUGGUAGAGUCGACUGAGAAAGGGAGGUGGCGUUUAACGGGAAUCUAUGGUGAACCCGUUCGUGCUCAGCGUAAAGACACUUGGGAUCUGCUCCGUUUCUUGGCGAGGGAUUCAUCUCUUCCGUGGUGCAUUCUUGGGGAUUUAAAUAACAUAGCUCAUCAUGAGGAGAAAAGGGGCGGUCGAAGGUAUCCUCAACAGCUUAUUGAUGGUUUCUGUGAAGCUAUGGAAGACUGCGGGUUGGAAGACAUGGAUUUGGUUGGGCAUCCGUUCACUUGGGAGAAGGGUAGAGGUACAGAUAAUUGGAUAGAGAGCCGCCUAGACCGUGCUUUGGUGAAUUCUCUUUGGACCCAGGUUUUUUCUCUUGCAUCUCUUUUCAAUCUUGAAUUUUCUUCUUCUGAUCAUUGUCCAUUAUGGUUGGAAACUGAGGUUAAGCAAGUGUUUCAUCCGAAUAAGAAAUUUAAGUUUGAAAAUGCCUGGUUAAAGGAACCUAUGUGCUAUGAAAUUGUCAAAAACAGUUGGAACUUGGGGGCUGCUAAUCUUAUUUCAGAAAAACUCAACCAGUGUGCUAUUAGUUUGGGCGAAUGGGGGAAGGAAGUUACUGGGAAUUUCAAACUCAGAAUUCGAAAAUGCAAGAAAGAAUUAAAAGCUCUAAAGAAUUUGAGGGACCCCGUGGCUGUGCAGAGAUAUAGUGAGGUGAAAAAAAAUCUUUUUUUGGUUCUGGAUCAAAGAGAGGCUUUUUGGAAACAACGUGCGAAGCAACUGUGGUUGAAAGAGGGAGAUCACAAUAGUAGUUAUUUUCACAAAAUGGCUUCGUCUCGGAAACGGCAUAACCAAAUUCAGAAAUUGAAGAAUGAUAAUGGGGAGUGGGUGAAUUGGGACAAUGGGCUUCCUACUGUUGUGACCAAUUAUUUUAAUGGCUUGUUUCAUGCUUCGGGUAGUGCCUGCCAGGAAAUCGUUGAUAGUGUUGAUACUCGGGUCUCAUCUUUUGUCAACAUUGAGCUACAGCAACAUAUUUCGGAAGAAGAAGUGAAGAAGGCCGUGUUUCAAAUGCACCCAGAUAAGAGUCCUGGACCAGACGGAAUGACACCGGCUUUUUACCAAAAGUGUUGGUCAAUAGUUGGGAGUGAUGUUGUUGAGACAGUCAGAAGUUUCUUUCGCUCUGGGGAUUUUGAACAGAAUUGUGGUGAUGCUAACAUAGUGCUUAUCCCGAAAACAAAGAAUCCUUCGGAUAUGACUCAACUUCGCCCAAUAGCUUUAUGUAAUGUGCUGUAUAAAAUCAUUACUAAAGUUAUGGUAAAUCGUAUGAAGCCUUUCAUGGAUGAAAUUAUCACUGAGAACCAAAGCGCUUUUAUCCCGGGUCGUCUUAUUUCGGAUAACAUUCUUGUCUCCUUUGAAGUCCUUCAUUACCUAAAAAGGAAGCGAAAAGGUAAAGAGGGAUUCAUGGCUCUCAAGUUAGAUAUGAGCAAGGCUUAUGACAGGAUCGAGUGGCCUUUUUUGGAGGCUAUGCUUCGGAAAUUGGGCUUUGUUGAUUGGUGGGUUCGGUUAUUGUUGAAAUGUGUUUCUUCAGCCCGCUAUACGGUGGUUCAUGGUAACCAUGAGAUGGGUCCUAUUCUUCCAUCAAGAGGGAUUCGUCAAGGCGAUCCAUUGUCUCCUAACCUGUUUAUUCUUUGCGCUGAGGGACUCUCGGCCAUCCUUCGUAAGUUUGAGAGCAGAGGCUUGAUUCAUGGUUGUAAAGUGGCUAAUGGUGCUCCAAGAAUUACUCAUAUGCUCUUCGCAGACGAUAGUUAUCUCUAUUGUAAAGCAACUACAGUGGAAGCAACAAGAAUUCAAGAGGUGUUGAGUAAGUUCGAAGCGGCCUCGGGACAGAAAGUCAACUUAUCAAAGUCCUCUAUCUUCUUCAGCUCAAACACGGGUUCGGCCACACAACAUAACAUUAGUAAUCAACUUGGGAUGAAUAUUGCUGAUGAAAAAAGCUUGUAUCUCGGUCUCCCCAGUACAAUGAGCAGAAACAAGUCGGCGGUGUUGGGUUUCCUCAAAGAAAGAGUUCGUAAACGUAUUCAAGGAUGGGAAUCAAAGUUUCUUUCCAGAGCGGGUAAAGAGGUGCUAAUCAAGACAGUUGCUCAAUCUCUACCAAGCUAUGCCAUGAGCGUUUUCUUACUUCCUUUGGAAAUUACCAGAGACAUGGAAAAGGUAAUGACCAAAUUUUGGUGGCAAUCCUCAAAUAAGAAUGGCAAAGGAAUACAUUGGCUCUCAUGGGACCGCCUUUGUACGCAUAAGGAUAAAGGAGGCAUGGGGUUUAGACACCUUCGGGACUUCAAUUUGGCCAUGCUAGGCAAGCAAGGAUGGAGAUUAGUUGUUCGCCCUCACUCUUUGGUGGCAAAAAUUUUCAAAGCUAGAUAUUUCCCCAAUGGCAAUUAUCUCUCGGCUUCUUUAGGGAAUAAUCCAAGUUUUGUUUGGAGGAGUGUUUGGGAAGCUCAACAACUAGUGCGAAAAGGUGUUCAAUGGUGCAUUGGAGAUGGAAGCCAAAUAAGCGUUUUGAAUGAACCAUGGCUCCCAUGUCAUGAAAAUCCAUUUGUUACUUCAUCACAUCCGGCCCUUGGGAAUGCUUUGUUACAAAAUCUCAUGGGAAAUGAUGGGAGUUGGGAUCAAGAAGUGCUGGCUGAUUUGUUUAACGCACGGGACAGAGAAUUAAUCCUCAAAAUUCCAUUAUUUUCGUCUGUGGAGGAUCGGUUUGUCUGGCAGCAUGAAUCUUCAGGAAUCUACUCUGUCAAAAGUGCGUAUAACUUGCAACAAGUUGACCAUGGAAGAUGGCAUGACAACCCAGAUGCAGAAGCGAAGUUUUGGUCUUCAUUCUGGCGCCUUAAACUGCCCCCCAAGAUUAAAAAUCUGGUUUGGAGAGCAUGCAGAAACUGCCUUCCUACUCUUUGUCAGCUUCGCACAAAAAGAGUUAAUAUUUUUUCUUCUUGUCCAGUCUGCCAGGGAGAUGAAGAAACCAUUCUUCAUGCUUUGGUUACAUGUCCAAAGGUGCAGAUUGUGUGGAACCGAGUGGGUAUUGGCACCAGGAAUGGUUCUUCGAAUGGAAGCCUCUCAACCGACGACAUGAACAGUUUUUAUGACUGGUUUGUGCAUAUUUUUUCUGGGGAAAACACGGCCAACAGGUUACUAAUGUGUGCUCUAUGUUGGGCCAUUUGGGAUAGGCGAAAUGAAAUGGUUUGGAAGAAAAAAGAGUCGGGUUUGGAUAGCAUAGUAAUGUCUGCGAAAGGUUAUCUUGAUCAUUGGACGAGUGCUCAAAAUUCUCUCAUUGAGACAUCAUGGACUGGUCUACAGUCGGGUGAUGGUGCCGAGCUUUGGUGUCCUCCAACUGAAAAUAGUAUCAAGAUCAACGUGGAUGCUGCUAUGUUUGAUGGUGGAAACUCUUAUGGUAUUGGUUUGGUGGCAAGAGACAGAUACAGCCCUUUGGUGGAAGCAAAAAUGGAGUGUUUUUUGGGGCGGGUUAACCCAGAAGUAGCCGAGGCUAUUAGAGUAAGGGAGGCUUUAAGUUGGAUCAAGAAUCGCAACUGGCCGAGAGUUGUUGUGGAAACUGACUGCCUCACGGUUGUUCAAGCUCUACGAAGCUCUGUUCAUAUGAUUUCUUUAUUUGGACAAAUAAUAAAUGAAUGUAAACAACUCAUGUUGGAGUUGAGUCAUGUUAGUGUCUUUUUCGUUAAACGAUCAGCAAAUGUUGUAGCUCAUAGCUUCGCUAGAGCUUCUCAUUUUCAUUCUGGUUGUAUCUUCGAUUUGGAGAAUGUUCCAAUCGAGUUGUUACCUUGUUUGGUAACGGAGUUUGAUGGUUAA